GGGUGGUGGGGGGAGGGGGGUUUUGCCAUUUUUUUCCAUCUCUCUCCCGUUCUCUCUCUCUCUCCAUCCACCUCUCUCUCACUCUCCCUCUCUCUUUUUUUCUGUGCACUCCUUUCUCAAAAAAGCCAUGACGGCGAUCCCGCGAUCCAUCUUCGCCUCUGCGCCAUCUUUGUAUUAUUUCUAAUUUAUUUUAUUUUUUUCUUGUGGAUGUCAAAGGCGUUGGAUGAAGACAUUUUUUGCCCCACCGGAGUCUCCUCUCUAACCCUCACUCUCCCCGAUGUGAUCCGCGCUGAACGCCGCCGCCAGCCACCAUGUCUCGCCGCAAGCAAGGCAAACCCCAGCACUUAAGCAAACGGGAUUUUUCGCCAACCGCGCCUCUCUCCACAGCCGUCAUCUCAUCGGAGGAGCUGUCAGAGCGCUGCUCGGAUCACUCGGAGGAGAGCGGCAGCCUCAACGGGCAUCACCCUGGCUCAGCUGUGAGCCGACUGGCACGGCUGGGUGCCGACACGCACCCCUCUCCAGAGCAGGACCUGCUAACCUGCGGCCAGUGCCAGGCCACCUUCCCCCUGGCAGACAUCCUGCUUUUCAUUGAGCACAAGAGGAAGCGAUGCCAUGGGCCGCCGUGCCUGGUUAUGGGCCGGGGGCUGGACAAGCCCCCCUCGCCUUCCCCCGGCCUGGCGCUCACACCGUCUCCCAGCGUGGGCUCCAUGCGCAGUCGGAGGCCCGUGGAGGUGGGCGUCCAAGCCACACUGGCAGACGACGACGACGACCGGCUCUCGUCAAUUUGCCCCAAACAGGAGCCCCUCCCAGGUAAGGAGGAGCCAACCACUUAUACCUGCACUACAUGUAAGCAGUCAUAUGGAAGCGCCUGGUUCUUACUGCAGCAUGCUCAGAACGCCCAUGGCUUCCGUAUUUACCUAGAAAGUGAACAUGGCAGCCCUCUCACUCCACGCAUGGGCGGGCCUUCCUCACUCGGCGGCGGUGCAGACUGCCCUUCUCAGCCUCCACUUCACGGCCUCCACUUGCCUCCCGAUGCAAGCCCAUUCAAUCUCCUUCGCAUUCCUGGCUCAGGCUCCGGAGGUAGGGACAGCGUCGGUGCAGGAGGUGGAGUCGUCACCGCUGGGACAACUGGUAUUGGUCAUCACCAGCGUUUUCCUCCCACACCACCCCUCUUUAGCCCUCCUCCAAGGAACCAUUUGGACCCCCAUCACCUGAGCCCAGAGGAGCUGGCGCUGGCAGCCCACCACCCUAGUGCCUUUGAUAGGGUGCUGCGCCUCAAUCCUCCUCUUCCCCUGGACCCCCCACCAACAAUGGACUUCUCAAGGCGGCUACGAGAGCUGGCAGGCAACACCUCAGGGUCCACUCCCCCAUUAUCCCCCAGCCGGCCAAGCCCCAUGCAGCGCUUGCUUCAGCCAUUCCAGACAGGUGCAGGAAAUGGAGGAACUGGAGGUGCUGGAGGCAGUAAAGCACCGUACCUUGCUACCCCACCAGGCUCCAUGCAAUCACCGGUGGGUUCUCAGACAACCCCGACUACUCCACUUCCCUCAGGAGGAGUUACACCUUCGUCGACCAACCCCUUGAAAUCAAAGCAUUGUGAGUUCUGUGGCAAGGCCUUCAAAUUUCAGAGUAAUUUAAUAGUUCAUCGGCGCAGCCACACUGGAGAGAAGCCGUACAAAUGUCACCUGUGUGACCAUGCUUGUACACAGGCUAGCAAAUUGAAGCGCCACAUGAAGACACACAUGCACAAAUCAUCUUCACCAAACACAGGCAAAUCAGAAGAUGGGCUCUCAACAGCCUCCUCCCCAGAGCCUGGUACUAGUGAGCACAUGGGCAGCGCAAGCAAUGCUCUCAAAUCAGUUGUGGCUAAGCUGAAAAAUGAGAAUGACCGCAUACUACAACAAAACGGUGAAGAGGAAGAGGAAGAGGAGGAGGAAGAUGAAGAAGAGGAGGAGGAAGAGGAAGAGGAGGAGGAGGAAGAAGAGGAAGUGGAAGAGGAGGAACAACAAAAUGGAGAGAGAACAGCCGCCAGAAGAAACAACAUUUAUCACUUUGCUUUGAAUCUUGAAGGAGCACGUCAGCAUGAAAACAAUAGCAGUAUUGGAAGUCGACUGGGUGGAGUGGCUGAUGAGGGAUCUAUCCCACGCUCACUGCCAGAGGUGAUGCAGGGGAUGGGUCUGGCCGCCAGCAUGCAGCACUUCAGUGAGGCCCUGAAUGCGCACAAACGUAAUGCCAUGGCCCAGGAAAACCACCUGCACCAUCACCUCAGCCGAGAUCAUCACCACAGUCGUCAGAUGUGUGAUGGGGGCUCUAUCCUGGAAACAGAUCGUGGUGAGGAGGGCUCUGUCUCAACAGUAAAUGGGCGAGGAGCAUCUCCGAAUGAAUCUGCCUCUGUCGGCCUGUCUAAGAAACUGCUUCUGGGUAGCCCUAGUCCAAUGAGUCCUUUCUCCAAACGCAUAAAGUUGGAAAAGGAAUUUGACCUUCCAACACCCACAAUCCCUAAUACGGAGAAUGUCUAUUCCCAGUGGCUGGCUGGAUACGCUGCCUCCCGACAACUCAAGGACCCUUUUCUGAACUUUGGGGAUUCCAGACAAUCGCCCUUUGCAUCUUCAUCUGAGCAUUCGUCAGAGAAUGGCAGUCUGCGUUUUUCAACUCCUCCAGGAGAAUUGGACGGCGGAAUGUCAGGCCGCAGUGGUACAGGCAGCGGGGGCAGCACACCACACCUUGGGGGUCAUGGACGGCCCAACUCCAAGGAUGGCCGCAGGAGUGAUACCUGUGAGUUUUGUGGCAAAGUUUUCAAGAACUGCAGUAACCUGACAGUGCACAGGCGCAGCCACACAGGAGAGAGACCAUAUAAAUGUGAGCUGUGCAAUUAUGCUUGUGCCCAGAGUUCCAAAUUAACCCGCCACAUGAAGACCCACGGUCAAGUGGGCAAAGACGUGUACAAGUGUGAAAUUUGUCAAAUGCCCUUCAGUGUCUACAGCACUUUGGAAAAACACAUGAAAAAAUGGCACAGUGACCGUCCAUUGAGUACCGAAAUAAAGUCAGAGUAGAAGGCCGAACUAUGGGACCUUUGCCUCUCUGUUAUGUCCGCCAUUAGUCCCCUGUUUAUUCCCAGCCCAUUGUAUAUUUUCCCCAAUCCCAACACUCAAUUCUCGCCUGGUGAAAGAUUAAGACCAUGUGCUCUGCACCAGCACACCCCGUUUCCAUUAUCCAUUGAAUGCAUGAUCUGUAUCGGGGCAAUAUUCUUGCAUUGACGCAAAACUUCGAGCCUUUCUCUUGUGCAAUAAUUUACAUGUUGUGUACUAUUUUCUUCGUUUUGAGUUUUCCUUUUCCAUUUUUAAGAAUUAGUCAGCAUGCAUAGUAUGUUUUUUGCUAAUUAAAAAACAAAAAAACUUGUCCCUGGUUGGUUAGUUGUUGAGUAAAUGUGUUGCUGUUUUUCUCUUGUUCAGUUUUUCCCUUUUUAUUCUUCAAAAAGAGAAAAGACAAGAAAGAUACAUCCGUGCUGCAUACGUUCUGUAACACAUAUCAUGUACAGUUUUGCUUUGUUACAUUGGAAAUGACAAGUCUUUGACUUGACCCUGUUCUUACAACCCUGGAAAUGCACUUAUCCUGAUCUUUCUAAAAGACACCAUGUUUACACAGGGUUAAAACAAAUAUUGCAUUGACAUGUGGACUAAAUCAAAAGCAACAACAGCCUUCAAAUUAUGAGAAAAAGGACAAGGGUGUGCUAAAAAUUGAAUCUGUACUAUCAUUUGGUAGAAUAAGGAAGAGUGCCUUUGAUAUCUCAAGACUGCAUUGGCCAUAAUCUUAUCUGGUAUAAGUUGGGGUCACACUAGAAAAGGUUGAUAGGUUUAAGCCACCCAGGAAAGGUCCUUGCAUCAAGCACCUGACUGUUUAAAUGACCUGUGACAAUUCAUGAUGAAAGAUCAUUAAUCAUCAUUUAGCUACCUAAUUACAUGUUCAAUGGGAUAUCUUUAAUAUGUGGUUUCAUGGAAAGCAUGGUACAAGCAGUAUUGUGUAUAUCUGAAUUAUUUGUAAUUUUGGUACUUGGUAAGGAGGUACUAUUAAGAUAAAGGUAACCUGUAAUGUACAAUCCUGAACUUGAGGGAUACAGAGCAUGGCUAAGAAGAGACAUGUAUCUGCAUUAGCACAAACCUACAACGCUGCUUUGAUAUGUCAGUGUGUGGAACAAUGCAUAAAUAUAUGAGCUACAAGUGAGGCAAACUUUAGAGCAUUGAAAAAAAACUACAAGCUAGACAGACAGAAGCCUACACAGGACUGGAAGCUGCAUACAGUAAAUAUUGAGGGGAUCACAUGCAAUGUCUUUCACUUACAUUUGUAAUAUCAAAACAGGGUCUAUGAGUUGCAGAAAAAAGAAAGAAUUGCAAAAAAAUAUAUAUAUAUAAAUAUAAAUAAAUAAAUAAAUAUAACUGUACUCCAGGGCUCUUAAAAAAAAUCAAAAUGUGAUCAUUGAAAUCAGGAUGCACAGGCAAAUGCAGGGCACAUUUUUGGUUGCCUGUUGUUUUUUAAUCCAAAAGAGAGUGUUUCUUAUUCCCUGUUAUGUUUCAUUGAAGCUGUUACAUCACUUGUCACUCUGCCUGAAAGCAAAUUUAGAAAGCAUCUUCCCACAUUGGUGCAAUGAUGAGUUAAAUUCAAAAGGGCACAUUGUCAUUUAUAGGACAUGAAGCGCACUGUUUUAAAUUUUUAGCUUAGAGGAAAACGUUGUUAAAAUGCCGUCAGAUGAUGAGGGUCCCAUUGUUAGAAGCUCAAGCCUCCUAAACUUUAACCUGUACACCCUUGCCAUUUCAUCAUUUCUCAGUAUGUUAUCCCUACAAAUGCCAGUUCUUUGUCUGUCUAGAAAAUUCACCUUGCCUUCAAGGUCUGUUUAUGAUAAGGUUGUGAUGCUUCAUUGUUGCAAAACAGACACACUUCUCCCUGGCUGCAACAGGACCAAACCUCCACACUUACAAAGCUGUAUAGUGACAUUGUCAUCAUCUCCAAAUAAAUCUAGACCAUCACAGCCAAACAACUAGAACCUAAAUUGUGUUGUAUUCACUACACUAAUACUUUUUUACACAUCUCCCUUCAAUUGAUAAUUAAUUGUUUAUUUGAUUUAGGUAUAACAAGUUUUGCAGAUAACAUGACACUAUAUUUUAGGGAAAACUAUGUUUUUAUCUCAUUGUCAUUUCUCUUUUCAUCAGCGUCUUGGUGGUGUUCAGGACUCCGAUCACAGUAAAUAUGAAAUGUACAAAAAAACAAAUCUGACAAAAAGAAAAGAAUUUAAAAAAAUCUGUAAUGGUUUUGUAUUUUAUUUUGCCUUGGCUCUUCACAGCUCUUCAGGUUGAAAAACAAUUUGCAUUAGGGGAAGGAUUAAGAUUAUAUAUAAAUAUAUAUAAUAAAAAACUUAAAAUAUAGGAAAAUGCACACUCAUGUCGAUUCCUAUGCUUAAACACAUUUAUGGUCUACUUUUUUCUGUAUUUCUAGAAUUGUAUUUGAAUUCAAUGUUCACUUAGCGUAGGCACUAUAGUAUUUAUAAUGAGGCUCGUAUUUUUAACUGUUGCUUGUUCUCUCUAAAGGUAUUUACAGUACCUUUUUUGGUAGUGGAAAAAAAAUCCCAAGCUGCCACGGUAUAUUUUUUUAAUUUGGCAGGAUAAUAUAGUGCAAAUUAUUUGUAUGUUUAAAGAAAUAAAAGGAAAAAACCCAUAAAAAGCAGCUAACAUGUGAGGCAUUGGGAGGCAUUGUGGGUCAUCAGAUGGCUCCCACUUUGUUUCCUGUCCACGGAGGUGGUUGUACAUAUCUACUUUGAGUUUUUCUGGUUUCAAACCCCCUCCUCCUCCCUAGACCCCCCCAACAAAUCUUCUGCCCUGCCAUUCUUGUAUGCAGUAAUGCACGCUGACGUCAGCCAGUUCUGUUUUGUGCUUCUGUCUCUCUCACCUCUUCCACCUGACUACAUUCCAACAUCAAGAGAGAAGAAAAAAAAACGUCAUAUGCAGUACAUGGAUUUCAAAAAAAAGUGUCAAAAUAAACUACAUUUGAAAAUAAAAUAAAUGUUUUGCUUUUUUCCAUUGCCAAAUACUAAAUGGUGCUUUAUAUUUAGAUUGGGUAUACUUUCAUAUGCAAAGCAUAUUUAAAAAUGACCUGGGGGACAUGGAGAAGCCUGCUUGAAUUAAGACUUUUUUGUAAAUGGCAAUGUGGAAUAUUUUGUUAUCAGCCUUUUCUAUUCCUGUUCUGAGAGCUGUUUGUUGUAACUUGAACUUGAACUUUAUCUUUUACUAUGGGAGUUACUAUUUAUUAUUAUCUAUAUGCUCUGUUCAAAACAGAGACAUGGAAUGAAUUCUUUUUGUUUGUUUGUUUGUUUUUUCAUUUUUUUUUUGUUCUAUAGUUUUUUUGUUUCCUUUUGUAAUGGUGGCCGAUGGUCAUUUGACAAACCUAGCUCUUUAUUUCUGAUAUACUUGUUUGGGGUCUCUGUUUUGUUGUAUUGGGAAAACCACUGUCUGUGUUUUCUGGCAGAUGUCUGCAUAUUCCUGUUCACACACCCAUUUUGUCCCUUUAUCGAAAAACAAUUAAUAAAAAAAUGAAAGUAUAAUGACA